GGGGACAAGCGAGGACGCGGCGCUGCCGCUGUCACGCAGGGCCAGCAGCUCCGGCACCCACGAGGCAGCGCAGAGGGGAAGAGCCGGAGGAGCGGAUGAGUCACCAGCCGUGGGCAUCAGAUGAGACUGCUCACCAGCAGUGAUUCCUUUUCCAGGAGGUUCCUGGACCAGAUCCUUCAGCUCAGCUUGGUAAAGUACCCGCUGAAGCUCCUUCAGAAAGCAUCUGUCUGGAUUGGAUUGGUGCUCCCUGUCAGCACCAUCAGGAGCAGACUCUGCCCCCCAUCCCAGUCCCCCACCCGGCCUGGGCUCCUCGCCAGGAAGCGCCGGGGGAAGCUCCUGCGCCUUCUGCUCUCCAUCACUCCCACCAGGAUCCAGAACCUCCUGGGCUACCUCCCCAGGGACUGGGACCAGAGCAAUGUGUCCAAGGAGAUCCGGGAGGCUCCCAUCAACCCAGCCAGCAAAGCCAGCAAGAGGAAGCGGGAUGAUGUGGCUCUGGAGGAGCAGGAGUCCUGGUUUGUGGUGCUGGAGAGGGAUUGGCCAGAGGAUGACUCUGAUGACCUCACAUAUGAGCCCUCAGAGGUGGAGACGGACAGUGAGGAGUACCAGUCCCAAAAUGACACUGACCUGGAGGAGCAGGGUGAGGUCACUGUGCUGGAGCCCUCAGCUGUCCAGGGCUCUGUGCUGCCCCCAGAGCUGGCAGCAGAGGAUCCAGCUGUGACCAGCAGUGGGGAGGAGGCUCCAGAUGUGUCCAGUGGUGAUUCCCAGAAGCCACGAGGUGAUGGGAGCAGCGAGGAUAUCAGCAGCCCUGACACAACCUGUGUUGCCAGCCCCUGCCAGCAUGGGGCAAACAAGGACAUGUGGACACGUCUGGGGCUGUAAAGUGCCCGAUUGCCUGGUACAGCCAUGUCCCUG